UACAUUUCGUCAAUCCUGCCAAACGACAAGCGAGAAGAAGGUUUCGGUUUAUCGACAAACAACAACAAAACGGUAUGUUAAUAUUUCAACUAUUUGAACUAGAAUUUAUCAGUGUGUGGUAUACAUUUAUGUAUCAUGUAUUGUGUACUUUAAUUUCCAGAUAGGUAAAAUGCUUCUAAAAACGUAAAACCUCGUUCUUUCGUCCGCCAGUCACAACAAAACGGCGCGCGUUACAGACAGAUAAACGUUAAAUUUAUUUCAGAUGUUUGUUCUUUGUACUUUAGUUACCGACACACACAUAUCAUUAAAGUUGAAGUCACGAACGACUAGAUUCCGUAAAUGAUGAUAUAUUCACAGACGGAAACGCUGUCUCGAUGUAGAUGUAAACCUCUGGUGGCUAGCUGGCGCCAUUUUGCAACCGUCCAUGCUAGCUUUAAAUUUGCGGUCUGAAACGUGUGUCUCUCUCUCAGCUUAAUGGUGGCGGGGCAUCUUUUAUUCAAUUUAAACAAUCCCACAGCGUCCUCCAAGGCAUUUUGGCUUUGACAACAAAUCUCUAGCAGUUAUUUGGCAGAAAGCUCUCGAGUGGUUUGCUUGUGAUUGUUAGCUCUGAACAGCCACUGGAGCCAAAUGUUUAUUUUGUAUAUCGGUCACAACUGAGAGGACGUAGUCAAGCUGCUGCCACCACACACACACACACACACACACACACACACACACACACACACACACACACACACACACACACACACACACACACACACAGCGCGCACUCACAGCUUGCAUAAUCGUACAGACCAGAAUGUGUUUUGUGAAAAACUGCAUUGUGAUGCGGUUUUUGAACCCUAAGUUGUAUUUAUCAUGUUGUUAAAUUUGUAGGUGUAAAAUGGCUCGUACCAAGCAGACUGCCCGUAAAUCCACCGGAGGAAAGGCGCCCAGGAAGCAGCUGGCCACCAAAGCUGCCAGGAAAAGCGCGCCCUCUACCGGUGGAGUGAAGAAGCCCCACAGAUACAGGUAAAUUCAAUGUGAAUCAUUGCAUUUUGAUGUCCUCUAUUGUAUAUUACAUGUAGAUCAGUCAAUGUAUUUAGCCUUAACUGUGCUUUACUUAUUGUUUUUGUAUUGCAUAGUAUUUACAUACGUCCUGUGCAUUGUUUUUUAGGCCUGGUACUGUUGCUCUGAGAGAGAUCCGUCGUUACCAGAAGUCCACUGAGCUGCUUAUUAGAAAGCUGCCAUUCCAGCGUCUUGUCCGAGAAAUCGCUCAGGAUUUCAAGACAGAUCUGCGUUUCCAGAGUGCAGCUAUUGGUGCUCUGCAGGUGAGAUAGCAUGUCUUUUUUACAAAUAAGAGAAGUCAUGUAUACAUUUUUUCAAAGCAGGCUAACAAUGUGCUAGAGAAAGAGAAAAGUCUUGCAUAUUUGUUGAAAUUUUAAUUUUCCACUACCUAUUUUGCCCCUUUUGUAGGAGGCCAGUGAGGCAUACUUGGUUGGACUGUUUGAGGACACCAACCUGUGCGCCAUCCACGCCAAGAGGGUAACCAUCAUGCCCAAGGAUAUCCAGCUGGCUCGGCGAAUCCGAGGAGAGCGUGCAUAGAUGUUGUGAUUUUAACUUUUUAAUGGCGGGUGGGAGGGUGGGUCUGACUGGGGUUUGUUUUGUAAAUCUUGGAACUAUUACCAGCAUGUGUAUCAUUAUAUUUGUAGUUUCAGGCAUGUUUGUUUCAUAUGUCAUUCAUCCUUCACUUCCACUCAUAAUUUCCUUUCACUAUCCUCUGUAGAUUAGAGCUUCAUACCUGAAAUUGCGAAAAGAAAAAAUUCCCUCGCCUUCUCAGGUUGCAAAUUUAUUUUAGGAUCUCUGUUCCGGUGUGUGCAUGUCAUAGGAUUUCUUGUGCUGUAAAUAAACUAUUGCUACCUCAAAAUUAUCAUGUGGAAAGUGUUUUUGUUUUUUUAUUAAAGAUAAACCCUGAG